CUUCGAUGUAUGCAUAUAUAAUAACCUCACACACGCACCAUCACACACCAUCCUCCUCCUCUUCAUUAUCAACAUAAUUGAGAAAGAGAGAUAGAGAAACAACAAGAAUAUAUAAGAUCAAGAUCGUCAAGAAUCAAUAAGAUGGGAAGGGCACCGUGUUGUGACAAAGCCAACGUGAAGAAAGGGCCUUGGUCUCCCGAGGAAGAUGCCAAACUCAAAGAUUACAUUGAGAAUAGUGGUACAGGAGGAAACUGGAUCGCUCUGCCUCAGAAGAUUGGUCUAAGGAGGUGUGGGAAGAGUUGCAGGCUAAGGUGGCUCAACUAUUUGAGACCAAAUAUCAAACACGGUGGCUUCUCUGAGGAAGAAGACAACAUCAUUUGUAACCUCUAUGUUACUAUUGGUAGCAGGUGGUCCAUAAUUGCUGCACAACUGCCGGGAAGAACGGACAACGAUAUCAAGAACUAUUGGAACACGAGGCUGAAGAAGAAGCUUCUAAACAAACAAAGGAAAGAGUUCCAAGAAGCUCGGUUGAAGCAAGAGAUGGUGAUGAUGAAGAGACAACAACAACAAGGACAAGACCAUAUCAAUGGUAGUACGGAUCUUUAUCUGAAAAACAUGUUUGGAUCAUCACCAUGGCCAUUACUACAACAGCUUCCUCAUCAUCAAAUACCUCUUGUGCUGAUGGAACCAACAAGCUGUAACUACUACCAAACGUCACCGUCUUGUAACUUGGGACAAGAGCCAUUGAUUACUCUCAAGAACAUGGUCAAGAUUGAAGAAGAACUGGAGAGAACAAACCCUGAUCAUCAUCAGCAUCAAGAUUCUAGCACAAACUCUUUUGAUGUCUCCUUCUCCCAGCUUUUGUCAGAUCCUUAUUACUACUUAGGAUCAGGAGGAGGAGGAGAAGGAGAAUUUGCUAUCAUGAGUAGCAGCACAAAUUCUCCAUUACCAAACACAAGUGGUGAUCAAAAUGAACAUCAGCAGCAAGAGAUUCUUCAAUGGUUUGGGAGUAGUAAUCUUCAGACAGAAGCAAGCAACGAUAUGUUCUUAAACAACAUACCGAACCUUGAGACCAACGAGGACACAAAAUUCUACUCAUCAUUAGCCGACGCUGGAGCGGCUUUGGCCGGAACGACGAGUACAUCGGCAGAUCAAAGCACAAUAAGUUGGGAGGACAUAACGUCUCUUGUUAAUUCCGAAGAUGCAAGUUACCUCAAUGGGCCUCAUUGAUUAUGUGUGUUUUAUUUUUAAAAUACCUAUAUAUAUAUAUAAAGAGGAGUUUUCAUUUUGUAUAAAUCUUGUAUCUUUAGGGGGUCGGCCGAUUAAUUAUAUGGACUAAGAUUAAUGUUCAUGCAGAGAUUUGGUUAUUUUAGUUUCGACUUAGCUUUAUUCACGAA